AUGUGUAUUGUGUUAAUAUUUACAAACCUGUUUGAUUUAAAACAGUUUGGGAUAAUGAUUAUUUUAGCAAUACAAAAAUGUAUCGCCUAAAUAGCCGUGUUAGCACAGUCUAACGUCACCUUGGCGGUAAUUUACGAAAGUUACGAUCUGGGCAAAAUAAGACCAUAUUCAUUGAGCUUGGUCCUUCGGUCACGGACGAUAUGAAGGCAAAACCGCGCAGGAAAAGUACAAUUAUGACUCCGAGCUUCUGUGCCUUGCACAUAAGUCAAUAGACUUCUACAAAGGGAAAUCUCUUAACGCAAAACAUAUCGAGACAUCAGAAUAGUCAUGCCUAUCGACACAUUUAAGAAAAGGGAAGUGCAAAAUUGGAUGAAAGCUAUUUUGGCAAUUAAUAAGAUCGCGGAAGUAUUACAUUCUGCUGUCAAUGAAACGUUUGAAAUAUUUAUAUCCGACCUCCCCGAUGACGAAAAGGAACACCUGAAAAUAUUUUACCAAUGCCUAAAGGAAAAUGAGGUUGAGCACUUCAAGACGCACACGAAAGGGCGGAAAGUUUGGCAAUGCACACAUUACCUUUGCAAAAUGUUAAUGGAGCGACUUCUUGAUAAUUUUAAGAAUGGAUCUCAGAAAUGUCUUUGGAACUUCCAGAUUACAACACCAAUAAGAUCUGGAGAUGGGCUGCCUAGAGCUACACAAACUGAAGAAACGGGUGGAAAAUGGAUGUUGAUGAAACUCUAUAUGUGCGGAGAUGGCAUUCCACGUUCAACUUUAAAUGAGCUUGACCUAUCUCAAACCAUCAGACUAAUGCAAAGUUGUAACCUAUUCACUAAAAUUGAUGGCGCAGUUCCAGCAUUCGGAAAAGCGCUGGAAUCAAGAUCCCAGUUAAUGCAUUCGAGGGAUAAUGAGGUCAGUGAUAGCAGAACAAAAGAACUUUUCGAAGAGAUGGAAACACUUGUAUUCCUUUUUACUGAUAGAACAUCGAGCCAGCAAACCGUUAAAGAGCUACAUGAACUUAGAGACACUAACCUGAUGGGAAAGGAAGAUACUACAGAAUAUAAAAAUCUAAUGAGCGGGGUAACAGAUGGAGAAAACGACUAUUUUGAACGAAGUCAAGAGGACAUUACAUGCAAUAAUUACGAUUCACGACAGCCUGAUGUAUUUGAACGCGAUCCUUAUGCAUUAGACCUUUACUGUAAAGCAUUAUCUCAAGGUGAAGAAACAGACUCUACAGUUAGAGUAAAUGUUGUUGGUAACUUCGCUCAAGGUAAAACGUCAUUGAUAAAACGACUAUGCAUGCAAAACAUUAAAGAUGUCGAAAGUAGUGUAGAAAUAAAUCACUGCAUAUAUGAACACAUUCAUAGCAAUGUUGUUUUUUACACAAAAGAUACAGAGGAGGGUGGAAAUGAAGUUAUUAACCGUAUUGCCUCAGUCGCACAACUAGAAAAAGAGAAAGAAGUUUGUUUGCAGGCAUAUCAAUCACAGAUAAGUUGUGGUCAGGAUUAUGUUUUCCAAGAACCUUUCCUAGAAGAAUCGUCAUCUGCAAGUUAUGAAAAGUAUAUAAACACAAAUGAACAUAUUUUCUCAGACGAGACAUUGGAAACACUCGAAAGAGAUCUUGAGCGUUCAGCGUCUAUGCUUGACAGAAGUUCAGAGAAUUUGGAUAAUGAUGAUGCCAGUUCCAUACAGAAGAAAGAAGAAAAAAAUACCGGAAUUACCUCUCUAACACAAGAUGAACAAAGGGCCUUUUCACGGCUUCUUGAAUCCAAUCCAGACAAAAACAACAUAGGCAAAGAUCUUGAAAUCUGGGACUUCGGGGGUCAGUUUAUAUUCUAUGCGACACAUACUUUAUUUCAUAGUAGGCGUGCAGUAUACCUUUUGGUAUUUGAUUUAACAACGCCAUUAGACAAAGUCGUAAAGGACCUGGAGUAUCCUGAUGAAAAUGGAGACAAAAACAUGGAACAGUAUGCAAGAUUUUGGAUGAAUUCAAUACAUACGUAUGUUGGAUCUGAAGAUGCUUCAGAACCUCCAGUAAUUCUAGUGGGAACACAUAAAGACAAAUUAAAAGGAGAUGAACGCACAAAGCAAAGGUUUAUAGAGGAAUACUUUGAGAAAAUUAGGAAACUGUUUGAAGACUCAAAACUGAUCAAUCACAUUCAGCCAGCAGAUUUUGCAGUUGAUAACACCCGUUCUGAAGAUACUGAUAUUUUGGAAUUACGUAAGGAGAUCAUACGUGUAGGAGCAAAGUAUACAAAAGCAAAAACUAUUCCAGCAAGAUGGAUACCAUUAGAACGAACGCUAAAAAGAAUCAGGAAAGAGAAGAUAAUAACAUUUGCGAAAGUGAUGGAAAUUGAUGCAGAAAACGAGUAUCCACUGAAAGAAGAGGAACAAGUAAAACUGUUUUUACAAUACCACCAUGCGAAAGGAAAACUGUUCUACUUCGACGAAGAACCAAUCUCCGCCUACGUGGUUCUGGACGCACAGUACCUUAUUGACGCCUUUAAGUGUAUCGUAACAUCAGGCAGAUUUUGCAGAAAGGAUCCAACAUGUCGAUAUCUUUGGAACACUUUUACAAGACAAGCGAGGCUAGAAACUGAGCUUAUCGAAAAACUUUGGGGUAGAGAUACGAACAGCGAUUUUCUCAAACACAAAAAUGUACUUUUAAUGUAUUUGCAAAAGCAUUUUAUCAUGUCGGAGGCCUCCAUCUAUGACGAGAAUACUCUGACGUCACACGGAUUAGGCUGGUACGUAGUUCCAAGCUUGCUAAGUGACCACAGUACUGCAGAUACACUGAAAGAAUUUCUCACGAAAAGGCGGCAAUCAUCUGUAAGGUUCGUUAUGUCAUUUCGCGAGUCUCCACUUGUACAAGUUGUAUAUCAUCGGCUCCUUGCAGCGAUGAUAGGAAAAUGGCCUGUAGUUCAAAUGGCAUCAGCACAAAAGAAGACAUUACUACUGUAUGAAAAUCUAGGAGUAUUCAAACUGGAUAAUUCUCAUGCUGGAAUUGCAGAAGUCAAAGACAGCGACAUUGAUUUGCGGGUUAUCAGUCUCUGUCCUUCGUCAAAUGUUGACCACGAAACUGGUGAAAAAUUCCGACGAUAUUCUGAAUCAAUAGUGAAAAAUGAAUUUAGGAAGUUGCGCAAUUCGUCUGUAAAGCCGGAAAACUCCUACACAUCAUGUUUCAGAUGUAACAACGAAAGCCAUGGCUUAAAUGGAGGCAUAAUCAUAAUGCCAUUAGAACACAUUAGGGAUAAAAAAUUGGAGCCUUGUCCAGAUAUGACGAGCCAUUAAAUUUAUCCAGAACAAGCACUGUCUGAAUGGUAUCUAUACGACAGAGUGAGAGAGUUGACACCUGAUUGUCACCUAGAUGAGAGACAGCUUAGUAAGAUCUCUCAGACAGUCGGAAAUAAUUGGGAAUUACUAGGUCUUGAACUAGGAUUAAGUGAUGUACAACUCCAGAGAGUAGCAAUGGACUAUCCAACUUCCGACAUGAAAAUCUAUAAGAUGCUAUUAAAAUGGAGGAAAAUAAAAGAUGAAGGAGCAACCCUGAAUGCUCUAAUCCAUGCUAUGAAAACUGUGAAAAAUGUUUAUAUUGAGUGGGAUGACAUUCGAAAUAUCAUCGAACAAAUUGAACUUGAGCGACACUAAAAUACAGUCUAAACCAUAAAGGUAGGAAAAAACAAAAUAGCAGUACUUGUUGAUGGGAUAACUUUGCAAACAUAUAAGAUUUGCUCAUCGUUUUAAAAGUGAUAAAACACUUAAGCUCCUAAAACAAAUGUCACUUUUGGCCAGAAACUUUAAAUUCUGAAAAUAUAUUGUCGAAAUCGAUCAAUAAGUCUAGUGUGCAUUAACGUAACUUCAAUUGUUUUCUUAAAACAUCGCCGUAAAAAUGUACAAACACUUCGUUUCUAGGUCCAUGCUCGCAUAAUACCUUGGUUCCCGGAUGAACCUCUGGCACAUUUCGCCGAUAUUUAUGGUAUGGUCACAUAUCAAAACGUUACAGCGAAUCAGCGUCGUUUCGCGACAAAUCGCGUCCGUUCCAAUAUCGAUGUCGACUUGCGAAGAAUAGUGAUUUUUCUUUAUGUAAAUCUGUUAACAUCAAAUUACAGGAAUGAAGCCACAAUCAUGGAAUAUCGCUUUAUUAUCGUUCAUUCAUCGUAAACUUGCUUACAUGUUGUUUGAAGUUAUAAUUCGGCUUGUCGAAAAAUGGCGAACAAUGAUUGGCUAAAACCAUUUCCGGCAGUAUUUACGAGUGUGCAUGCUAACCAAAUAAACGAUAGAAAUAAAUCAGAGGUUCGUCUCGGUAUUUUUGACGAAUGUCUGAUGGAUAAGAAUGUUCCAGGUCAGGAACACAAAUAGUUGAUAACACAAAUAGCUGAUGUUUUUUAAUAAACGAGAAGAAAUCAAGUCUAACCUCAGCCAGCCAUUAAUGAUUCAAAUGAUUUGUCGUGUAGUUAUUACCCUGAAAUCAGCCACAUCAUUUUAGGCACAAAGAAUAUAUUUUCUAUCAUAUGACUAAAACAUUAUAUCUCGAUGGCUUAGCGCGAUACUGGUCCAAGUGACAUUUUUUUUACAAAAUCACUGUUUUACAUAUUUUCAUUAACUAAGGUCAAAUACACCGUCUGUGAAAAAAUAGGGUAAUGUACCCAUUUUUACCCACUUUGAGUUGGACUUAUAUUUCACUAAAACAAUGCUUCUUGACACAUCUAACUUGAGAUGGACUUAAAUUGCUCUGAUAAAAUUGUUUGAUUUUACCAAUAUACAUUAGUUAAACCUAUCAAUGAACAAAAAAAAAGUUUUUUUCUUUCAAGUUAAAGUACUACAAGUAAGUAAGUAGUAAAAGCAAGAAGUGCUCGAUCAUUUAGAUCAAGAAUUACAGCCAAAACUUCUAAUAUUUGGAGCAGGCAAAUGGUCUGGCAAGUCCAUCUAAAAUUUCUUUUAACUCUCUUAUAAAAUUUUAAGCUGAAGUUCUGCCGCCAGUAUAUCAAUUCCCUGUGGCCUGAAAGUGGCCAAGACGAACAAAUAUUAUAUGAGAAAAAGAGCCUAUAAGGUUACUUGUGUAAUUAGAUUUUUACCAUACCAAAACUGUUUUCCCACGUUAUACUUUUGUUAUUCCAAUGAAAACAUUAUGAGAAUGUUUUGUUCUAUAGCAAAACUUGAGUUUAUAGUAAAUAGCUUGGUAUCAUUUUCUUUUUAACAUGUAAUUUCAAUAAAUGGAUUUAAUGGAGAAUGUAGUAAUGAAUAAAAUACUUUUUUUCCAUUGCUGAAAUAAAUAAUGAUGCUAAGAAUAUUUUUGCUCUCACUGACAUUUGACUGUCUGAGUUACAUCAAAACUAUUUUGACUAGUUGCAUUAUUUGCAAUCAAAGUAUCUUCUCAUAGAUUUGAUUUAUUAGAUUAAGAUUGUGAUUUAACUACAUAAAGAUUUCCUUGCUAGCAAAAACGAUUGGUCGUUUUGUAUAUAUCAACUGCCACAAAGAAGAAUUAUGCAAAACAUAAUGUAACCUGAGGCACAACAUUAUCAUACACUGUACUGCUUUGACUGAGUGCCAUUUUAGCUCAUCUGAAUAUUAUUAUUAAUCUACCAGGUUUUGUUGUCACUUGAUCGGCGUUGACGUUGGUUGAAAUGUUUGUUCAGGUCCACCUUUUCUUAAAAACCAUUUCUGAGAGCUAAAGCUUUGAAACUUUGCACUCUUGUUUUUUAUCACUAGAUGACUUAGUAGGCCUAGAACCAUAACUCUGAUAUGCAUUUUGUCAAAAUUAUGGCACUUUUUGUACUUAGAAAAUUUGAUUUUCUUAUAUGUCCACCUUUCUUUUUAAAUCUUAGAGCUACAGCUUUGAAUCUUGGCACACAUGUUUAUCAUCAAUAGAUGACUCAUGUAGAUCAAGAACCAUAAUUUUCAUAUGCAUUUUGUCAGAAUUACCAGUAUCUACCAAAUUUUUAAAAUCAUUUUUGCAAAGACAUUUUUUGCGGUAGUAUGGUGAAGUCAUGAAUGAAACAAUUUCUUGCAUUAUGCAAAAUAUGCAAAAUUUUCUUAAAAAUCAUCACUUUUUACAAAAAUUCGAAACAGCAUGUUUUCAAAAUUCGUUUUCACUAUAUUUUGCAUGUUUUAACAACUCACUUGUAAAAGUUAAAGAAAUCCUGCAAGAAAAUAUGCAGGAGGCCAAUGCACAUUUAUCUGACCCUGUAACAUAAUUAUGGUAUCAAACAUAGACUGACUUGGUUAUGACACCUGUAAUAAAUUCCUAUUGUAUUUCAAGAUAAAUUCAAUACAGUUGAGAAAGAAGUAAUGUAAAUCUGGAAAUUUGUAAACAGCAUGGUUCCUUAGUUGGUAGAGCAUAGGAAGAGUAUCCCAAGGCCAAAAGUUUACACUUCAGUCUGGCUGCAUAUUUUUCUCACAUAAUUAACAUCUUGCCAUAGCUUCAUCACAGAAAUGAUGACAGCUCCAUUUCCCUAAUACAUUUAAGUAGCUAUGAGUAAUUUGUUUGAUUUCAAAUUUAGUUUUAUAUAUUAGGUUUUUUUGCUGUUGUUAAUUCCAUGUUAAAAGGUUGGAAGUCACAGAACUACUAGUAAUUGUAGGAUAUGUAAUUCUGUUGUGUUUUCAUACAAGUUGGAAGAUUCUGUUACUUUCUCUGAAGUACAGAAUAAUACUUGGGUUCUUGUCUGUAUGUAUAGUGGCAACACCCAUUUCCCUAUUCUAGUUGUACUGAAGUACUAUCUUCCCUAUUCCAGUUGAACUGAGUUGCCUAUUUUCCUUAUUCUAGCAAUGCAUUUUUACCCUAUUUCAGUUGUACCGAGAUGCCUAUUUUUCCUAUUUAAGUUUUACUGAGGUACGUAUUUUCCCUAUUCCUUUUGUACUGAGGUGCAUUUUUACUCAGUUGUACCUAGGUGCCUAUUUCCCUUUUUUAGUUGUACUUAGGUUUGCAGUUUUACUCAGGUGGCUAUUUUCCCUAUUUCAAGUGUUGUGAGUCUGAGGUGCCCGUUUUCCCUAUUUCAGUUGUCCUGAGGUGAUCUGGUAACUUUCUCUCUGUUUUUUUCCGGAUUGUUACAAUUACUUUCUUUAAACCUCUAUUUGAAGGUAAUUAUCACAACUUUGCCACCAACAGGAAUGGUCAGCUGAAAACCGACUUUUGUCUAAAAUGUUUAGGAUGGGCAAGACAAAAUAAUGUUUAUCUUCAUCUCCUCUUAUAAAAAUACAAAUGUAUAUUUAUUUUGUGUAUAAUUACAAAAAAAAAUGUUUUCUUUUCAGUGCAGUUUUAUUAGCUCUGAAACAGCGACAAUACAAUGUGAAAAAUCGUCUAACUCAAGUUGGUCUUGUAUUGCACUGAAAAACUGAAUGCAAUAUUGGUCCAACUCUCAAAUACACUAUUUUAACUGCUUUUGCCAAAAAAUAGAUUUAAACCAUAAUUUCUUAAGGCAUUUUAUACCAGCAUGUUAAUUUAUAUUUUUCCAAUCCAAAUAACUUUCUUAUAGGAACAGUUUUUUGUCUCUCCUGAAUAAUUUUAGAAAAUUGUGUUGGACCAUUAUUGCGCUAAGCCAUCGAUCUUAUGUUUGAUUAAAACUCUAUGAUUGAGAUUCAUGUUCUGGUUAAAUGUAAAAUGUUUAUUAAUAUACGGGAUACGUUGUUUGAAAGGGCCAUUGUUCAUAUGACUCAUCUUAUUAGUUUAUGUAAAAGUGAUAAAAUAAAGUGUUUUUUAACUGAUAGUAAUUCUGUAAGAAUUUUAGCUAAAGCUUCUUCUUAAUAAUACAAAGAAGACAACACUACAUGUGUAAAUAAUGCUUAUUUGUUUUAUAUCUACAAACCUUUAAAUAUUUUUUGGGUAAUUAGUGCUUAUGCUUACUUACAAAUCUAGCGUCUGGCAUCUGUAUCAUAAAACUGUUUUCUUAGAUGAAUUGGCAGCACUGAUUUGGAUACGAUGUUUAUGGGGCGAUAUUUGAUGAAGAAAGGCCAAUCUAUAUUAGUUAAUAUAGAUCAAGUGUAAGAGAACUGUGAUAUUAAAGAUUUUUAUAAAUGUUAUAUUUUAGUAUCAUUUGUGAUAAUUGUCUCUUGUGAAUCGAUUCAUAGAAUCGCUUUGUGCAUUUUAUGUUUAGAUUAUAUUAUAUUAUAUUCGCUGAUUUUCGUUAGUGUAUGUCAGUGGAUGAGACUUUAAAAGCAUAAAACCUUAAAUCUUAAACCAAAACAAUUUCUAAUAAUAGGUAUUUCAAAUAUAAUUUGGGAACUACAGUAUCUGUCACCAUCAAAAAGUUUGCACAUCUUUUUUUCUAUUUCAAUUCCAUGGGACUAACUUACCCAUUUGGAAAAUUUAAGCUUGAAAAUCUUUCGUUUUAUUUCUUUACACGUAAAAUCUUUCGCUAUAAUUGUUAUAAUGGCGAUUUCAUCAUCAUAACAAUCAGGUGACUUAAUACUUUCUUCAUUUGACAGAAGAACAAAUGUAUUGGCAUCGGCCCAUAACCAAGUCAAAAACGACUGUCUUAGGCCAAAUGAUAAAGCCAGUAUAAAAUACUAUUUUACAUACAAAGGCCUCGCCAAAUUAAAAAGUUGUUCAUCAGAUUUGCCGCUCGUAUACUUUCUGAAACACAAAAUAUAUAUAGUUUGCUUUUGACUUGCGCUCGCUUCAUCUGAACAAGUCAAGGCAAAAUGUUUGGGUGCGCUACGUUUUACGGCAGUAACUGUGUACAAAUGUUUAUGAGUUCAGUCCCAGACUGUGCUUAAAUGGACUUUAAUCACAAUAAAUACACACUACGCAGACAUCGUCUAUAUCAUAACGUUUAUAUUUAGUUGCAUUAAAGUUAUUUUCCCCUUGAUGCAAUUAUACCAUUUACUUCAAAAGUUUACCAAGUUGUGUUGAUACAAAAGAUCGUAUUUAUUUCAUUGAAAAUCGGAUUAAAAAUCAUAUUAUAGAGAUGAUUCCUACCCAAAUAAAUCAAAGGGGGACAACUCUAAAUUGAUCAAUAAACUGAAGCCAACAUUAAACAUUGAUCAAAAGUGAAAGAAAAAUCAGAUAGGUCCUUUUUCAAACAACUUAUCAGGCAGACAAAAUAUGACCUACAUUUGUUUAAAUCCCUUUGUAUUCAAUAUACAAUAUGCACGCUUUUCUCAUGACUUACA